AUGAUGUUCCGAAUGGAUUGGGACCCCAUCGCAUUUCUCCAGGAACAGCAGUACUCAGAGUCUCCAGAAAUUGCCAUUGGCCAGGCUAUUGUACUGACAGGAUCAGCCGUGAUGGCCCAGGCUGUGACGUGCUAUGAGUACCUCCAGAAAACAUGGCCAUGCAGCGGGGUCAAAAUUUUGAAACUCAUUCAAGAGCUAGUCAUAGCUAAACCCGGCCAUCCGAAUCUCUCAGAAGGCACUUUGCCGGAUGAUACGCAAGUCACGAUUCUUACGAUAAUCUUGAAUAAUAGCACCAAAACGUCCGUUUGGGUUGAUGCUCUUCCAAACUGGAUUGUAGAGAUCGGCGAGAUUCUCUCCUGGAUGGGGUCUGCCCUGAGGACCUCACCAGAUAAGGAUCGUCUUUUCUUCUGCAAGCCUUACAUUGCGAACGCCAGUGACCCAAGUGUAGAACCAAAUCCCUCAAUUUUUACAUGCACCAUCCAGUUCACUCUGCACAUGGCAAUAAGUGACUCGCGGGUCAAUGGUCAGUGCUGGCACGGGUUAUUCAAAAAUCCUGUUCUGGUUGAAGGCUUUCCCAUCGGCCAAAGAUCAAAUCUACAAAUGGGUCUGGAAAUACCCUUGGCCAUGAUGGCAAUCCUAGCAGGAACAUCUCAUGCUCACACCUAUGGCCAUAAUGUUUUCUUGAAGGGCUUUUCUACUAUGCUUGUGCCAACUGAACUUGAAGGGGACCUCAUACUGUGGCACUUGGUUUCAUCCAAUGAUGGCAGUCGCAUAUCAUACAAUGAUGGGCUGGGGCUUUGCAAUGACAAGAUACAGCUUCUUGACUUAAAAAACUCCCGUCAUAUUCUGGGCUGGUGCUCCAGAAUGAACUUCCUAGCUGGGUCCCGUGAUGCGAGUUACAGUGUCGAGACUUCUGGUCUCCCGAAGGCCUCGCCAACUUGUCUUCUUGCGAAUGUAUCAAUUUCACAGGGGCGCAGAGUUACUGAAGGUGCAGGGAAUAUCUCUUUUGGUUUGAAAGAUCUCAAAUCUGGCGGCAUACGCAGACAUUAUAUUCGGAAGAUGAAAUCAAUUGAGAAAAGGUUCGUGCUCCUGUGGGACGAAGAACACAAACGUGGGUGGCUUGUCAACGGGGCUACUGCCCUGCUGCACCUCGUGCGUGCCUCUCUUGAGGAAGACAGGAAUGGUGUCUUCUCUGCAGCAACUAUCUUUCAUCCAGCUAAGAUGAGGUAUCCUGAGCCAUAUCGGCCACACUCUGCAUCUUGGGUUCUUGGGGAUAAUUCCAACGCCAAGAUCCCCAUAUAUGAUGAUGACGAUGAUCCCGUGCUAUUCUAUGAGUACGUCACUCAAUUCUAUGAGAUCCUGGAGAAGGCUUUCGAUUAUCAAUCGGCUGCUGUCAGUGCCAACCCAGAACAGUGCGCGUUGCGAUCACAACUAGAAGGUUGGGAUUUUGAAAACUUUGCAGCUGAGCGAGAUCCGAUUUUUGCAAAAGAAGCCACGUUGGAUCCCGCGGGGAUGGCUUGGAUAGAUCUCAUACGAUCCGUUCGUGCAAUCACUCUUUUCGGCCGCGGAUUCGGGGAGAUAAUUCAACCCAUUGGUGCUUGUACUAAUUGGGAUCAAGUCCCUCCCGGGAACUCAUAUCUAGUCAUCAGUCAAGAAGACCUCAAAGAGAUCGUUGCUUCCUGGUGUGGCAACUUGUUUUCAAGUCCACCCAUGCUGACAGAUCAAAUAAUCUGGCACAUCCGAGAGAACACGGCAAUGAGAUGCCAAUGCGAUACCACGAAGAAUAUGCCACACUCGGAUGUCACCCAGAUUCUGUUACCAUCAACGAUGACUUAUCAAGUCACUGGAGAAAGGCUAAAGAUUGAAGAUAAUAAAGGCGGUGCUUUCAUUUUUGGGCUGAAUUCUACCGAUCUAUGGCACUGGCCGGAAGCUGGCAAGCCAUCGCGACAGCCCAUCCCGUCAAUCACCGUAAUCACAAACGAUGGCGACACCUCUGAGUCCCUUGACAGUGGCAUUGGAGGUAGCAGUAACUCGACAUCAUCAAGUCUGGAAGACAGUGUGAAACAACGUUCUGCUAGACCACGUACGGAGCCGCCACGGCAUUCCAUUUCAAUAGCCCCUCAAUCGACUAGUGUUAACUAUACCGUUGGUAUCAUUUGUGCCCUUCAUGUUGAGCUAAUGGCGGUGCGGAUCUUGUUCGAUACUUCACAUUAUAAUGUGGUGCUUCCACUCACAGAUACAAACUCCUAUGCCUUUGGAUCUAUGGCCCAGCACAAUAUAGUCGCAACCUGCCUCCCGGAUGGUGAAUACGGAACACACUCGGCUGCCAGUGUGGCAUCAGAUAUGAGGCGAACAUUUGGUCGUCUGCAAUUCUGUUUACUAGUUGGCAUUGGAGGAGGGGCUCCGUCUGCCCGAAAUGAUAUUAGACUGGGGGAUGUCGUGGUUAGCAAGCCAAUUGGUAGCCGUAUUGGAGUUGUGCCGUAUGAUAUGAUAAAGGCACAAGAGCAUGGCUCUGAGUUGAAUGGAUACUUGCAGCCACCUCCACGGAUACUGAGGUCAGUGUCAAGUCUGAUGCAGUCCGACCCAAGACUGUCUCGUGAACCCUUGGAGCCAUACUUGCGACAAAUCAGAGACGCGAACCCAGAAUAUGCACACCCUGAAGCCCUCUCCGACACACUCUAUGUGUCUGAGUAUCCACAUCCUAGAGGCGAGGAAACAUGUGAGAAAUGCGACACAUCCAGGGAACAAUUAAGGCCCACAAGGCCAUCCAGUCAGCCAAAGGUCCAUUACGGCCUGAUUGCAUCUGGGAACCAGUUGAUGAAAGAUGCCAAGAUGAGAGAUGCUCUAGCAGAAGAACAUGGGAUCAUAUGCUUCGAAAUGGAAGCCGCUGGUAUCAUGAACAUUCUACCAUCGUUCAUCAUCCGCGGAAUUUGUGACUACGCCGACUCUCAUAAAAACAAGGAUUGGCAAAAUUACGCCGCGGCUACGGCUGCUGCUUAUACCAAGCUUCUCCUCUUUCAUUUACGUCGUGGCUUGGAGUCGGAGAUUUUGCCUAAUAUACAUGAUGGAUCGACGACUAUGGAAAGAUUUCAGAACGCACGGGGGUUGGUGGGCGGAGAUGAAAGCCCCGAUACAGAAGGAAGCCCAGGUCCUGCCAAAAGGCGGCGAGCAUAA